AUGAACACCACCAUAAGACCGCCGACGCCCGCCCCCAGCCCCACACCACAUCAGCGGGUUCCGGACUGGAGCACCGCUGCCGAGCACGAGGACUCGCAAAUCAAGAGUAUCCGAGCCCUAUUCAAGGACAUGAAUGGAGAUGAGCGGUUGCGCCUUCUCGGCGAACUCCUCAACUUGUGUGGGAGCCAUGAGCUGAGCUUUGUGGCGGAAUUCGUGGGCCCGAGGUUGAAGAAGGAUCCCUUCAUGGCCCUGCCCCCCGAGUUGUGUCUGAAGGUUCUGGAAUAUGUUGACGAUCCUACGUCUCUUGCGCGAGCCUCCCAAGUUUCCCGAAAGUGGCGCGAACUGGUCAGCGAUGACACCCCGUGGAGAUCAUUAUGCAGAAAGUUCUCGUACCGCGCGUUGUCCAAAGAAGAGAUGGGUGAGGAGGAGGAGGAGGGUGGCGAGGGACUUAUGGACGACAGGCCCACAGGAUGGGCUCAAGCGGAUCGCACGUCCCGGGUAGGGGACGUCAUGAUGAAGGAACAUCUGGCUGGUCCUUCCACGUCUCCCUCCGAGGGCCUGCGCACGCAAAGUCUCGAUCGUGGGUCUAAAAGAAUGUUGUCACAACGGCGACCGAGACCGACGACUUACCGUUCUCAUUUCAAACAAAAAUAUAUGGUGGAGACGGCGUGGAGAUCGGGAGGGCGCUGCGACGCUCGUCAAAUAACCCCUGAUCAAGGCGUUGUCACCAGCCUACACUUGACGAAGAAGUACAUUGUUGUUGCGCUCGACAAUGCCAAAAUCCACGUCUUUGAUGUUAAUGGACAUCAUCAGAAGACGCUCCAGGGGCACGUUAUGGGGGUCUGGGCAAUGGUUCCGUGGCGAGAUCUGCUGGUGUCUGGCGGGUGCGACAGGGAUGUCAGGGUAUGGAAUCUUGCAACUGGGACUCCACAAUUCACUUUGCGGGGACAUACAUCGACCGUCAGAUGCUUGAAGAUGUCUGACGCCAACACUGCCAUAUCUGGCUCAAGAGAUACUACGCUACGGAUUUGGGAUCUGAAGAGGGGGCUGUGUAAACACGUACUUGUCGGGCAUCAAGCUAGCGUCAGAUGUCUCGAGAUUCACGGCGAUAUCGUUGUCAGUGGCAGUUAUGACACGACGGCAAAGAUAUGGAGCAUUUCCGAGGGGCGGUGUUUACGCACCCUCACUGGGCAUUUCAGCCAGAUUUACGCGAUUGCAUUUGAUGGGAAGAAGAUUGCGACGGGCAGCCUGGAUACCAGCGUCCGGAUAUGGGAUCCAAACGAUGGGAGAUGCCUGUCGGUUCUCCAAGGGCAUACGUCCCUUGUGGGUCAGCUACAGAUGCGAGACGACAUUCUCGUUACUGGAGGUAGCGAUGGCAGUGUUCGUGUUUGGUCCCUGACCGACUACCAAGCCAUUCAUAGGCUGGCGGCUCAUGAUAACUCGGUCACGUCUCUGCAGUUUGACAAUCAGAGGAUAGUCUCCGGCGGUAGUGACGGCAGGGUCAAAAUCUGGGACCUCAAGAAGGGGAGUCUGGUUCGGGAAUUGAGCACGCCUGCAGAAUCCGUAUGGAGAGUGGUUUUCGAGGAAGAGAAGUGCGUUAUCAUGGCUAACAGAGGUGGCCGGACCAUCAUGGAGGUCUGGUCAUUCACACCACCCGAGGAUGAGUUUGACGAUUUCCGGUCAAACAGUGCACGCCUCCCCAAACCCGGUAUGGAAUACGACGAGUGGAGGAGACCGCAUUCCGCAGCGCUACCAAGCACAGACCCGCAAGACGGGAGCGGGGAUGUUGAAGACGUUGCCAUGACUGACGUCGAAGAGGCCGCAUUUGGGGCCCGUGUCGGUGUAACCAUGGCGCCUUGA